AUGACAUCGCAAAGCGUCGUAAUAAUCGGCGCCGGCAUAGUCGGCACAAACCUCGCCGACGAGCUCCUUACCCAGGGAUGGAAUCCUACAGACAUCACAGUAAUAGAGCAAGGCCCGCUCUCCAUGCCAGGCGGGUCAACAUCGCACGCCCCGGGCCUGGUCUUCCAAACCAGCCCGUCAAAGGUAAUGACGCGGUUCGCGCAGUACACGGUGCAGAAACUCCUCUCCAUUAAGCUAGACGGACAGGGGUGCUUUAACCAGCUGGGCGGGCUGGAGGUUGCGACGACGCCGGCGCGCCUGCAGGAGUUGAAGAGGAGGCAUGGGUAUGCGAGCUCUUGGGGGCUGGAGUCGAGGCUUAUCUCCGCCGAUGAGUGUUUGGAGAUGUAUCCGCAUUUGAAUAAAGAUGUUGUAUUGGGUGGGUUACAUAUUCCGAGUGAUGGACUGGCGCUGGCGGCGCGAGCGACGCAGAUUCUGAUUGAGCGGACGAGGGCGAAGGGCGUGCGGUAUCUGGCUCAUACGACUGUGACGGGGAUUGAGCAGGAUGGGGGGAAAGUUACGGGUGUGCGAACGGGGAGCACGACCAUUCCUGCGGAUAUUGUCGUCUCCUGUGCUGGGUUCUGGGGUGUUGAGGUCGGUGCUAUGGCUGGUGUCUCGAUCCCGCUGCUUCCGUUGGCACACCAGUAUGCGAAGACGGCGCCUGUAGCAGCUCUGGCGAACCGCGAUGUGAAUUCGAACAUUAAUGGGAUGAAUGCGACGUUACCGAUUCUUCGACACCAGGACCAGGAUCUAUACUACCGCGAGCACGGCGAUAGAUACGGGAUUGGGUAUUAUGGACACCGGCCGAUGCCUGUUGUCGCGGGCGAGUUAGGGCCUACUGCGGCCCAUGUCGACGAGAAGAACAUGCCCUCGCGGCUGGACUUCACAGACGAGGACUUUGCCCCGGCGUGGGAAGAGUCAAAGAAAUUACUACCUGCCCUGCAAGGAACUCAACUUGACGAUGGCUUCAAUGGCAUCUUCUCCUUCACGCCAGACGGAGGGCCAUUAAUCGGACAAGCACCCAACCUGGAUGGCUUCUACGUCGCCGAAGCAGUCUGGGUGACACACUCCGCCGGCGUCGCAAAGGCCGUAGCAGAGAUCCUCACACGCGGCUGGGCCAGCCUCGAUGUGGCAGAGUGCGAACUAUCCCGCUUCGAAGAAGUCCAGCUGAACAGGGCGUACGUCUCCGAGACAUCGCAGCAGAACUUCGUCGAGAUCUACGACAUUCUCCACCCACUUCAGCCCAAGGAAUCACCACGAAACCUCCGAACAAGCCCAUUCUACGAGCAGCAGGUCCACCUCGGCGCGGUCUUCAUGGAACUCGGCGGCUUCGAGCGGCCCUUCUGGUACGAGGCGAACAGGGACCUCGUCCGCUCUCUGCCUGCACACUGGCGACCUGUCGACCGAGACCCCUGGUCUAGUCAAUUCUACUCCCCCAUCUCAGCAGCAGAGGCAUGGAAGACGCGCAACGCAGUCGUAAUGUACGAUAUGUCCUCGUUCCACCGCUUCAUCGUAUCAGGGCCCGGCGCGACAUCCCUCCUCCAACACCUCACAACCAGCAACAUCAACAACACCAAGCCAGGGAAAAUCGUAUAUACUCUCCUCCUAAACGAUAACGCAGGAAUCCGGAGCGACAUCUUCGUGACUAGACUCAACGCAUCGACAUACCAAAUCGGCGCAAACUCCGCGAACGAUCUUGCAUAUCUCCGCCGCGAAGCACGAUCCCAAUCGACCAAGUCACCCAGCUCCUGGACACAGGUAUACGAAAUCACAGGAAGCACCUGCGCCAUCGGACUCUGGGGUCCUCGCGCCCUAGACGUAAUCAACAACCUACCAGGGGGCGUCGUCGACCUAAGUCCGUCGUCUCUACCAUACAUGCACGCCAAACCGGUCACGAUAGCCAGUAUCCCGGCGCUUGCAUUCCGCAAGUCCUACGUCGGGGAAUUCGGAUGGGAGAUCCAGACGACAGCCGAGCACGGACGGCGACUGUGGGAUGCAUUAUGGACAGCAGGCAAAAUCCACGGUCUCGUUGCCGGUGGUCGGGCGGCGUUUAAUGCGCUGCGGAUUGAGAAAGGGUAUCGCACGUAUGGAAGCGAUUUGACGACGGAGCAUGACCCGUAUGAGGCUGGAUUGGGGUUUGCAGUUGAUAGCGGGAAGACGGGGGAGUUUGUGGGGAGGGCUGCGCUGUAUCGUCGGCAGGGAGAGCCGUUGAGUCGGCGGUUGAGAUGUUUGACUGUUGAUGAUGGGCGCUCGAUGGUUAUGGGCAAGGAGCCUGUGUAUAGUGCUGGCAAGGUUGUUGGGUAUGUCACCACUGCGGCGUUUGGGUUUAGUAUCCGGAAGCCGGUGGUGUAUGCCUGGCUGCCGGCGUCGUUGGGGGAGGGGGCAGGGGUCGAGAUUGAGUACUUUGGGAAGAGGAUCAGGGCGAGUGUCGUUGCUGAGCCGGUGUAUGAUGCUGAUGGGAAGAAGCUGCUGGGAGAGGUCAGCGUGGAGAGAACCAGGCGGAUCAGGGCUGUUCUGUAG